GAAGCCGGGGCGCGAGGGAAUUCGCCCUGAGAGCUGGAAGACCACGCCUCCUCCUUCCUAUCCCCCACAACCGUGCAGCUUGGGGCACAGCUCAGACUGUCUUCUGAAGAUCGAUGUCUAUUUCCUUGAGCUUUUUAAUUUUCUUGCCAAUUUGGAUAAACAUGGCACAAAUCCAGCAGGGUGAUCCAGGUGAAAAAGAAAAAACUACAGCAUUGAAAGAUUUGCUGUCUAGGAUCGAUUUGGAUGAACUCAUGAAAAAGGACGAACCACCUCUCGAUUUUCCUGAUACACUGGAAGGAUUUGAAUAUGCUUUUAAUGAAAAGGGGCAGUUAAGACACAUAAAAACGGGGGAACCAUUUGUUUUUAACUACCGAGAAGACUUACACAGGUGGAACCAGAAACGCUAUGAAGCUCUGGGCGAGAUCAUCACAAAAUAUGUUUAUGAGCUCCUGGAAAAGGACUGUAAUUUGAAAAAAAUCACUAUUCCAGUAGAUGCCACUGAAAGUGAACCAAAGAGUUUUAUCUUUAUGAGUGAGGAUGCUUUGACAAAUCCACAGAAACUGAUGGUUUUAAUUCAUGGUAGUGGUGUUGUCAGGGCAGGUCAGUGGGCUAGAAGGCUUAUUAUUAAUGAAGAUCUGGACAGUGGCACACAGAUACCUUUUAUUAAGAGAGCUGUGGAUGAAGGGUAUGGAGUCAUAGUCCUGAACCCAAAUGAGAACUAUAUUGAAGUGGAAAAGCCAAGAACGCGCAAACAGCCAUCUUGUGAGGGUGCAGAUGAGCCGGCAGAGAAGCGGGAGAGGAGAGAGAGGGUCUCCAGAGAAGCAAAGAGGCGCCGUGACUUCUUCUAUGAGAAGUACCGUAACCCCCCAAAAGAAAAGGAGACGCUGCAGCUGUUCAUCAGGGAAAAUGGUUCUCCUGAAGAACAUGCCGUCUAUGUUUGGGACCAUUUCAUAGCCCAAUCUGCAGCUGAGAAUGUGUUUUUUGUUGCUCAUAGCUACGGAGGUCUUGCAUUUGUUGAACUGAUGAUUCAACGAGAAGCAGAUGUAAAAAGUAAGGUGACUGCUGUGGCAUUGACGGACUCUGUUCACAAUGUGUGGCAUCAAGAAGCUGGCAAGACCAUCCGAGAGUGGAUGAGAGAGAACUGCUGCAACUGGGUCUCCAGCUUGGAACCUUUAGACACAUCAGUGGAGUCCAUGCUGCCUGACUGUCCCCGGGUGUCUGCAGGCACCGACCGUCACGAGCUAACUUCCUGGAAGAGCUUCCCGUCGAUCUUCAAAUUCUUCGCCGAAGCCUCGGAGGCCAAGAGCAGCUCGCAGAAGCCGGCCCUCACGCGGCGCUCGCACCGGAUCAAGCACGAGGAGCUGUGAGCGCGCAGCCGCCCGCCGCGCCCGCUCGCCGCCCGCAGCCUCCCGGCCCCCAUUAGAUUGCUUUCUUCCUCCAGCACAGGGUCUCGACGUGUUCGUCUAUAUAGCAUUUUGCAUUUUUCUAGAUGAGUGCAACUGUCAAAGCAAUAUGGAUUCAGCGGCCGCGUUUCCUGCGGCUGAGCGGGCCU